UCGGCUCAUCUUCCGGCUGCGAGUUCGAUCAGUUUCUAAUACAUAUUAAUGCCGCGAAAGCCCUGCAAUGGCCUUACACGUUUGUAGUAACGUUAACCACAAACUAAUCCAACUUAUUUCGACUUCAGGAGCUAACGUAGUUGUGCUUUCAAUAAUCCGAUCAGAGUUAAACGAAUGCAGAAAGCUUGUUCGAAGUUGACAGCUGUCUUUAACGCCAGGUCUCAGUCCUGCGGUGAGUCCUCGGGAAUGCUGUGAUCUUACAGAGGGGAGCUGAGAUCACCGCACAGGUGACUGCACCGGUGACGCAGCAGUCAUGGCCGCCGAUGUCCACAACCAGCCAUGGGAGUCGAUGCCGUCCAAUGGCUGCCUGACCGCGGAACACCUGACCGUGGAACGCCUGCGCAUUGACAGGGCUGAGAGCCCCACACCCGGCCUGGUGGAGGGAACAGAGCCAGGUGCUGGCCAGGAGACGGCCAUGUUUGUACACACCCAGUCCUUUGAGGAUCUGACUGCCGACACAGAGGAAGAGGCGGGGCCAGAGUCUGCAGAGGGGGUGGGGCCUGUGGAGGAGGAGGGGCCAGACGAGGAGGUGUGUCCGGAGGAGGAGGCGAGACGCAGUGGCGUGCGGGAGAAGGAGGAGGACGUGACGAGCGAGGCGUGGCGCGCGCACAGGAAGCACGUGUUCGUCCUGAGCGAGGCCGGCAAACCCAUCUACUCCCGCUACGGAACAGAGGAGGCGCUGUCCUCCACCGUGGGCGUCAUGAUGGCCCUCGUCGCCUUCGUGGAGUCCGACAAGAACGCUAUCCGUUCCAUCCAGGGAGAUGGCUACAGGGUGGUAUUCCUGCGCAAGAGUCCGCUGGUGCUGGUGGGUGUGUCUCGGGGCAGCCAAUCGGAUCGCGAGCUGGUGCGUGAGCUGCAGUACGUGUACUACCAGAUCGUGAGCCUGCUGACGCUGACCCAGCUGGACCACAUCUUCAAGCACAAGCAGAACUACGACCUGCGGCGCCUGCUCUCGGGCUCCGAGCACUUGACGGCCAGCCUGCUGCGGCUCCUGGAGCUGGACCCCGGGCCCCUGCUGAGCGCCGUCACCUGCCUCCCGCUGGCCGGCGCCGCCCGCGACACCGUGUCCGCCUCCCUGCAGCACGCCCGCGCGCCCACCCUGGUCUUCUCCAUCCUGCUGGCGGGCACGCGGCUGGUGUCGCUGGUGCGGAGGAAGGAGCAGCACCUCCAUCACAUGGACCUGCACCUCCUCUUCAACCUGGUGGGCUCCUCCUCCUCCUUCCGCGAGGGCGAGGGCUGGACGCCCGUCUGCCUGCCCAAGUUCAACACGGCGGGGUUCUUCCACGCGCACGUGUCCUACCUGCUGCCCGGCACGCCCCUGUGCCUCGUCCUGGUGUCCACCGACCGCGAGGACUUCUUCACGCUCUCCGACUGCAAGCGCCGCUUCCUGGAGCGGCUGCAGAAGCGCAGUGCCUUCCACGCCCUGCAGGAGGCGCUGGCCUGCCCCACCUACCCCGUGGCUCAGGUGGGCAUCCCGGAGCUCAGGCACUUUGUGUACAAGUCCAAGAGCUCGGGCCUCUACACCAGCCCUGAGCUGCCAGUGCCCUACAGCAGUGAGGAGGAGCAGGAGCGUCUGAUGUGUUUGUACCAGCAGCUGCACAGCCGUCUACAUCACCCAACACGCCCACUGAGAUCCAUAUACCGCUGCACACACACAGAGAACCUCUUCGCCUGGGUGACCAGUGGUUUUGAGCUCUACCUCUGUUUCAGCCCGUUGGGCACUAAGGCUGUCGCUGUUGCCGCCGUCAACAAGCUGCUGAAGUGGAUCAGGAAGGAGGAAGACCGCCUCUUCAUCCUCUCCCCCCUCACGUACUGAGCAUGCUCACGGGAGGCACACCUGUACCUGCUGGUUCCGCCCCUCACGGGAGGCACACCUGUACUCUCUGGCUCCGCCCCUCACUGCGAGCACACCUGUACUCUCUGGCUCCGCCCCUCACGGGAGGCACACCUGUACUCUCUGGCUCCGCCCCUCACUGCGAGCACACCUGCUAGCUCCGCCCCUCAUCUGUGGGUGCUGUGCUGCUCUUCAGCUGUGAGAUCAGAGGUCAAGGCCAGACUCCAUGCAGCACUUUCUCCUUGCCUUAAUCUCACACACACACUCAUCUCACACACCACACACCACACCACAGCACCCCGCAGUCAAGGGUGUGAGAGUGGAAAACCAGACUUUGCCACACAGAGAGGACUCGUGUGUGUGUUUGUGUGUCUGUGUGUGUGUGUGCGUGUGCGUGUGUGUGUGUUAUAGCCCCCUCUCAGCCGGUCCAACUGGGCCCAUUAAGCCUGACGUCUUCUCCAGUGGGAUUCAUGACUUAACUGAUAAUCAGAGGUCAGAGGUCGUAUUGUAUAGUUCGUCUGUCUGCUAGUCGUCCUCUUUAAGAUGGUUUAAUGCUGUGGGUCGCCCCGUCACGUGAUCAUGAUCACAUGACCUGUCAGCCUGUCACUUCUCCGAUGAUGCCUGGAUUGUGAGGUCAUGUCCACGCCAUAUGAAAGCUGAGUGAGUGAGUGAGUGAGUGAGUGUGUGAGUGAGAGUGUGUUAUCUGAGUGAGUGAGUGAGUGUGUGUGUGUGUGUGUGUGUGUGUGUGUGUGUGCUCAUCGUUUGAACUGAGGCUGCAUGGCAGUUGGAGCUGAGGGGGAGGAGUUGUGCCCAGGGCAGCUCGUGAUGUCAUAGACGGCGGUCCAGUGAUGGCCACCAACACGCCAACAACACCAACCUAUAGCUGAAACAUCACAGACAGCAUUAUAUUAUCCAUUAAUCACUGAAAUCAUUAAAAAGCAACAUCCCAAAA